UCUAUUCCCUACCCCUGUCGAAAUUCUUCGUAUACUGAAAAAAAAUCAUGACUCUCCCUCGGCAGGCCACCCUGGUAUUUCUCGCAUGUAUGAUACUAAAAACCAUAUAUUGGUGGAAAAACCUUUACGCGCCUUUACAAAACCAACAUCUUAACAAUGUUCGCAAGUUUUCAUCGAUAUCAUACCUUGUUGGAGAUCAAAAACCUAAUCGUUUAAAACGUGGACUCAUAGACGCAGGCGGUUCAAUUCUUAAAUCAAUCUUUGGGACUUUGGACUCCGAAGAUGCCCUAAAAUUCUCAGAUGCGAUUACUAAAGUCCAAUCUGAUGAAAAGCAAUUGGCAAACUUAAUGAGAAAUAACAUCCACGUUGUUCGAUCUACUAUCUUAAACUUCAAUAACACAAUGUCAAAAGUAAACAAAAAUCAAAAUCAACUAAAUCAAAAUUUGGAAACUAUCCGGAAGACGUUAGAACAAUUUUCAAAUUCCAGUGAUAAAUUAGAAAUCAAAACUCAAUUAACGAUGUUAUUAAAUGACUUAGAAAGCAUAACGAUUGCCUUGUCCUUUGACAUCGACGAUAUAAACAAUGCUAUCCUAUUCAGCAAAGUCAACAUUCUUCAUCCAACCGUACUUAGUCCCUAUCAGUUGUUCCACGAACUUGACCUACAUAAACACAAAAAAUAUACAUGUAAUAUAAUUAUAGACAUAUCUAACUUAGUCUCUUAUUACCAUCUUAACAAGGUCAUUAUUGUCACUCGAAUUCCGCUGGUCUUACCUCAGAUGUAUAAUCUAUACCACACUGUUCCACUUCCAACUCCUUACGAUAUUACAAAACCUGACACUUAUGUACUCGUCGCACCUAGUAAACCUUAUGUGGCUAUAACAACAGAUCGUAUGUUCUAUUCACUAUUAGAGUCAGUGGAUAAGAGUCAAGUGAUACAAAAUGAGUGUUAUGUGUGUUCUUUAGGGAAUGUGUAUUCUACAAUCGCGAACCCAACUUGUGAAACAAAGUUAUUAACCGAAGCUAUAAGCUCCCUACCAAAUUCAUGUAACACUAAGUUAAUAUAUGGUUUAAUCGAUGUAUUCUUUAAGUUAAACAAUAAUAAUUGGUUAUUUGUACAAUCAGAACCUGGGAAAGUUCAUGUUACCUGUGAAAAUGAUCCUAGUAGUUAUGACAAAAUCCUUUUCGGUACAGGCAUGUUAACCCUACCGAAAUAUUGUACAGCUUACUUUUAAACUUUGAAAUUUACGCCUAGUGACUUCAUUACAUCUAAUGUUACUAACCAGAUAUCUAAUUUCAAUAUAUUAGAAGAUGAUUGUUGUGAUUUGUUAAAUUAUCAAACGUGAACGAUUUCGAUUCUGUCGGCGCAUUAGUAUGGCCAUCGACCAUAGAGGCGGCGACGCGCGGGACGGGGGUAUAAAAACCCACGGCCGCGCGAGCGCCGCGCUUCUUCUUCAUCGACACACGCCAGCCAUAGCAUUCGGGCAUUUCUUUGUAUCGGUGUGAGCCAGUCUUGAUUCUGAUAUGUAGAAAUUAAACCUAUUAAUUGUGCAGUCCUCUGUUUUAAUUUGAAAUAACCCGACAGAGCUACGACAAUUUGGUCCUUCGAGCCGGAUAUUUCACAGCUUGAAAUGUUUCAUGAAGAGUAUAUUUUUUUAAAAUCUGGUCAGAAAUUGCCACGCAAAAGUAGGUUGUUGCCCUUGUCUCCCUUUAUAGACGAUAAUAACCUCAUCCGCGUGGGCGGAAGGCUUGAUAAUUCUCCCUAUGAUUUUAAUAUUAAGCACCCAAUAGUAUUAUGCAGUAAACAUGUUCUAACUAAGCUUAUAUUCCACAUGCAACAUUUAGAGCUUGCACAUGCUGGUCCACAAUUAUUACUGUCGAACAUUCGACAGACUUAUUGGCCGUAAGGUGGCAGAAACUUGUCUAGACUUGUGGUAAAUCAAUGUCUCAGGUGUUGCAGACACAAGGCUCAAAGCAUACAGCCAAUUAUGGGUCACUUACCCCAUUCUAGAACUCAGCUUGAGUUUCCAUUUUUGUAUAGUUACGUUGAUUACGCGGGACCAGUAUUGGUGGCCAAUCGUAAAGGCCGUGGUUGCAAACUAACAAAAUCUUAUAUGUGCAUCUUUGUUUGCUCAGCAGUGAAAGCCGUUCAUUUGGAGCUCGUCAGCGACCUCACCACCGAGGCUUACAUGGCCGCUUUAAAUCGGUUCGUGGCGCGUCGAGGCAAGCCUCGAAGUAUCACGUCCGAUAACGGGACAAA